GGAGGCGCCCGCGCCGGCGACGCCUCUCGAGGAAGUUGGCCCUUUAAUUAUAGCGCCAGUUCCCUGUCGCAUCCACCUUCAGCAGCUAGCAGCAGACAGCCGGUGUCAGUUUCCUACCUCGCGUGCGGCACUGCGGCCAUGGGCGGCUCGGCCUCCAGCCAGUUGGACGAGGGCAAGUGCGCCUACAUCCGAGGAAAAACUGAGGCUUCUAUCAAAAACUUCAGCCCCUACUAUAGCCGCCAGUAUUCUGUGGCUUUCUGCAGUCAUGUGCGCAGUGAGGUGGAACAGCAACGGGAUCCAACGUCGCAGUUCCUGAAGACCAAGCCCCCUUUGGAACCAGGAACUGUUUUGUAUGAAGCUGAGCUCUCACAGUUUGCGGAAGACAUCAGGAAGUGGAAGGACAGAUACAUUGUGGUUAAAAAUGAUUUUGCUGUGGAAAGUUAUGAGAACAAAGAGGCCUAUCAGAGAGGAGCUGUUCCUAAAAGCCGAAUUCUUCCAGCUGGAGGCAAAGUUUUAACCUCAGAAGAGGAAUAUAAUCUUCUAUCUGACAAGCAUUUUCCAGACCCCAUUGCCUCCAGUGAGAAGAACUCGCAGCCCUUUGUCGUCCUGCCCAAGGCCUUCCCGGUGUACCUGUGGCAGCCUUACCUCAGGCAUGGCUACUUCUGUUUCCAUGAGGCCACCGAGCAGCAGAAGUUCAGCGCGCUUCUCAAUGACUGCAUCAGACACCUGAAUCACGAUUAUAUGAAGCAGACGACAUUUGAAGCCCAAGCCUUUUUAGAAGCCGUGCAGUUCUUCCGGCAGGAGAAGGGUCACUAUGGCUCGUGGGAGAUGAUCACUGGGGAUGAAGUCCAGGUCCUGAGUAACCUGGUGAUGGAGGAGCUCCUGCCAACCCUUCAGACGGAUCUGCUGCCUAAACUGAAAGGGAAGAAGAACGACAGGAAGCGGGCCUGGUUUGGGCUCCUGGAGGAGGCCUACGGUCUAGUUCAGCACCAAGUGUCGGAAGGACUAAGCGCCUUGAAGGAGGAGUGCAGAGCCCUGACAAAGGGCCUGGAAGGGACCAUCCGCUCAGACAUGGACCAGAUUGUCAACUCAAAGAACUUUCUAACUGGGAAGAUCAGAGCAAUGGUGGCUCAGCCAGCCGAGAAAAGCUGUGGGGAGAGCGUACAGCCAUUCCUAGCGUCCAUUCUGGAGGAGGUCAUGGGGCCGGUGAGCUCAGGCUUCAGUGAAGUGCGGGCACUCUUCGAAAAAGAAGUAGAUGAACUCAGCCAGAGCUUCCAUGCCACCCAGGACAGUGUCCAGCUGAAGGAGCGUCUGGACCAGUUGAUGAAGCUUCCUCUGGAUUCUGUGAAGAUGGAACCUUGUUAUACUAAAGUCACCUUGCUUCCAGAGCGCCUGCUGGAUCUCCAGAGCCGCUUCAGAUUCCCUCACGUUGAUCUUGUGGUCCAGAGGACACAGAACUACAUGCAAGAGCUCAUGGAGAACGCGGUGUUCACAUUUGAGCAGCUGCUCUCCCCACAUCUCCAAGGAGAGGCUUCCAAAACAGCGGCUACCAUCGAGAAGGUUAAGCUCCGUGUCUUAAAGCAAUAUGAUUAUGACAGCAGCACCAUCCGGAAGAAGAUCUUCCAGGAAGCACUGAUUCAAAUCACACUGCCCACCGUGCAGAAGGCACUGGCGUCCACAUGCAAACCAGAGCUUCAGAAAUACGAGCAGUUCAUCUUCGCAGAUCACACCAACAUGAUCCAUGUUGAGAACGUCUAUGAAGAGAUUUUGUAUCAGAUCCUCCUUGACGAAACCCUGAAAGUGAUAACAGAGGCGGCUAUCUUGAAGAAACACAAUUUAUUUGAAGACAACAUGGCCUUGCCCAGUGAAAGUGUAUCUAGCCUGACAGAUCUCAAAACCUCCAUGGGGUCAAACCAGGCCAGUCCAGCCAGAAGAGUGUCUGCCAUUCCCCCAGCAGCUCCAGACAAUGAAGUGUUCCAGGAGCCAGAGGACAAGCAGCAGCCUGCGGUGCCUGACUCACUGGCUGGAGAAGAAAGUACUCCCGUCCCUGAGUCCAGUCCUCCUUCAGGUGGGGAUGGGCAGGUGACUGUGUCCAGUGUGGAGAGCUCUGGGAGUGCUCUCACUGCAGAGGAUGCAGCAGGACCCCUCAGCUCACACGUGCCGGAGGCCGAAGGUGGGGAGACCCUUAGAGAUGAAGAGCCAACCUGUGAAAAGCCAGAGUCCAUCACCUCUCCAGGGUCCUUGAAGGAGCUGAAAGAGUUGUUGACUGUGACAGUGUCCGUGGAGUCUGUCCCGGUGAUGGAAAACGAUACGCACGAGGGGACACCCAUUCCCCCAGAAAAUGAAAAAGAAGAAGAUGCGAUCUACCCAACGGCCAGUCAGACAGCUGCCAUCCAGCAGGACAACCGUGAAGAAAGUGAAGUCAGAGAGAAGGGAGCCCAUCCUACUCCUUUGGAAGCUGAAGUUCCUGGGAUAGACUUGGGGACAUUGCCAGAGGCCAGCAUCCCUACCUCUCAGGCCAUUGAUGGGGAGCUCCCUGAGGACACCAGUUGUCUGGGUCCCUUAGGGGAGCCACCUGAGGCUCCAGAGCCCGCUGAGAAGGUGCCACCAGCCAUGGUUUCCACGCAGGAGACCACCCAUGCAGGAGGCGAGGCUGUGCAUGCCGCGGCAGUCACGCUGCAAGAAGAUGCCGUGUUAAGUUCUAAUCCUGUCUGUUCUGUGGAGAGGAAUGAGGUCUCUGGGGAUCAAGAAGUGCUGGGAGGGAAUGCUAGCCCCGCCCCUGCUGUGGAUACAGAACAAGCCAGUGCUGCCCAGGUGCAUAGCUGCCAAUGGGUGGUAGAGGAUGCUCCAGGCACCGGCAGCCCAGAUGUGCAUAAUUACGAUGUGAGCUCCCCAGAGCAGCCCUCAGAGGAGUGCUAGGAAACAACUUGACUGUAGGUGUCCUUUUAAAACUGCCAGUCAGAGGGUUUUAGUUACAGGUAUCCAUCCAUAGGGGAUUGCAUGUGGAUUGCUAAAAAUCAUGACUAUUUCCUUAAUUCGAAUGAUAAAUCUAGAGGAAAUGUAAACAGGGUGUGAACACUGGGGCCAACUCUGGGGAGCUGAACUGUUCCCUGUAAAUGAUUGCUUUAGCAUCUUAGUAGAAAUGAUGAGAGAAUUGGAGUAUUGGGGUGAAGCGCAGUUAAAGGGGCUCCAGAGAAGAAGCAGUGCUGCAGCAGAGACUAAAAAAGCAGGACCUGGUACCUCAAUAUUCUCUUCACUGAAAUGUGGCACAAAUUUGGGACCGCACUUUGAGGUAUUUUCAGCGAGAGUGCAAAGGUCUACCCUGACUCCAGCUUUGCCACCUGCUCUGUCAGCCUCACUGCCUCUUAAAGUGGCAUUUGUCCCUUACCAAGCCACAAGACAGAGGAGGUCGUGAACCCAGCCACCCCUGUCCUAUGAAAAAGCCCAGAGUCAGCCAUGGCUGGUAGAUCUCAGGCGACGCAGAGCAAAAUUCCAAGGUCUGCGGAACUAUCAAGAAGCCCUGUUCCUAAUCCUGCCAUCAAUUCCUUGUUGGUUAAUUUUGUUGACUUAUAUGAAUUAAUCAGCUUUUAAGGAAAUUCAGAUGGGGCAAUAAAUUUCACCGGCACAAAUCAGCCUUAGGUUGUACAAAGUGCUUGGCUAAAUUCUCUAGCUCAAAACCUACCAAUUCCACAGACAUUAUUUGAGCAGCUGGUGUUAGCUGUUAGGCAGAGUAAUAAACAAAAGAUUAGGUGUUUCGCUUCCUAUAAAUUAAAGGGCUCAUGAGAAUUCAGUCUAGAAAAAAGAAUAUUUUUUUUUCCAAUCUUUAAGUUUCAAGCCAGGAGAGUCUUCAUUCUUUCCAUUUAUAUAGUCCUGGUUUAUUUUCAGCAGGGAACAAGUGAAUGCAGGAAUGGACAAAGGAAUGAAUGAAAUCAUUCGAGUUUAUGUCAUUGCCAAAGACAUCACCAAAGGUAGACAUUGCUUGAACGUUCAGCAAAUGAAUUUCUUAGAUACCCUAUCAGGUACCAAGCCUGGGCAUACCGUAAUGGAAAGACCACUGUUCUUUCUGAAGGAAACAGAAAAGAAUUCUCCUUUAAAGUAGAGUACAGCCUGGAACUGAUGGUAUAAGAGAUGAAUGGACUCAGCUGCCAUGGGGUAUAUCCUGCUGUGUCUCAGAAAAUUCUCAGCUGGUUCCCUGAAAGCUGCAGCCCCAGGUAGCAGGCUGGAAGCCCCUUUCAUGUGUUAGCAUCAGCGCCUCACCCUUGGUCUUUGGAGUUUGCUUCCAGUCACGGCCAUCGAGCAUCUCCUUCCGAGACGUCAUCCCACACUUCAGCCAUUCGAGCAGCAAUUUAGCUACUGACCCCCCUUCCCCCAACCUCUUCCACAAAGCAUUUCUGGGAUUCCCAAGUCAUAAAGGAUGAGUAAUAAUCAAUCACCUCAGUGUGGUCUCAUAUUGAAUCAUUUCACCUUCUCCUAGAAUGUCUGUACUCGGUGUCCAUGAGGUAGCUCAUCAUUAAGGAAGGAAGCUACGGCCAAUCUCCCGUGGUCCCUGUUUACCUUCUACCUGGCCUUCGGCAUGCUGGACUGAAAUUGUGUUUACUUCCUGUCUUUUCUGCAGCCUCCUUUCUUCAAGGACCGAGACUAGGGAUUAGUCAUCAUUUGUUCUUUCUACUGGAAACCCACAGCCUUGAAUGAUGGCCUCCUGCAUGCCAAGUAGCUAACAUCCCAGGGCCUAGCACAAGGGCUGACGGGUUUCACACUGCUCCGGAAACGUGGGAACUGAACACCUGCCACAGCCCUGUGCAGGGCUGUUUGGGGCUUGCUUUUAGACAGGGAGAGGUUUUUCAUUAACUUUCUGACCUUGUUGAAUCUUCCCACAAAUAAAGUCCAAUGCUAAAAGGGAAGAUGGCCAAAUGGCUGACGGCACUGCCCAGCAAGGCAGAUGACCAAGAAAACAAUGUCUAACCGCACAAACAUUACCCUUCUUUCUCGGGGAGCCCUGGCUAUCACGGAGUCCCAGCUCAUGCCAGCCCCACUCCAGAACCUCUUGUCUUCCCCACCUUUGCUCACCCCAUGAGAAACUAAGUGUAAUCGAGAGUUCAUGCCACUGAAUGAGAGCUGGUGCCCAUCAGGAAGGCCAGAGAGGAGUAGGCACUAAGGGGCAAGGCAUCGUAGAAAACACCAAGAACCCUUCGGUACAUGUUUCACACCACCGAGUUCUCCAAGAAAGGCAAGGCAGCUGUCCAUUGGGAGAUAGGUGUGGAUCCUGCAGUGUAUCCGAGUAGUCUGUGUGGGUAGUGGCAUGUCGAAAGCUUGUCUUGCUUUGAUAUUAGAGUGUGUCCUGGUGCCUCCAUGGGGGGCAAGGUGCUGGUGAUCUGAACGGGCAAUCUCUGCUUUGGGCAAACUUGUUACGGACUCCUGGUCCUUGGCCAAGACUCCAGUUUAAACCAGUUAUGCUGCCUACUGACCUUUCACAAAGAAGAUUUUCCUUGAAAAAAAAAAACUUGUCAUUUUGUCCUGUGUGACUUGGCACAGUAUAUGGAAUUAUGCAUUAACCACACGCACACACGCAUGCACACAAACACACAUACUUUCUGGUUGUCGUUUUCAAAGAGGUUGAGUGUGAAGAAUAGCAGGUCAUCAGGUUUGAUCCUCUGUAGAUUUUAUGAGGCAAACAGACCUCAUGUUUGCCUGUGUUAACUCCUCAGGUUAAAGCCAAUGACUUCAGAGGAUUUCACACUCCUCCCAGACAAAAGGGAUUUUAACUUGUUAUUUUUGUGAAGUGUGACCUGAGGUUAUGGUUUCAGAUAGAGUGCUGGCCUAGCAGGCUGGAGGUACUACUGUAACCCAAGGUUGGGGGUAAAAGUUAUGUGAUACGCGCUAAGUAGUCCUUAAUUGUUUCAGUAUGGCAGAAGGAAUGACAUUAUUGACUCAGAGUCUUAAACCAUACUAGCUUCACCAUGUGAGAAAUGCCGGUGCCACGAGCCUUCUUUAUCAUGAAUACACACGACCAAGGAUUUGCUUUCUCAAGUCUGGGACUUGAUGAAAAAGAAUUCUACACUGUGGUUUUAUUUUUGCAUUCAUUAUAUAAAUCCAGUAAACUGAAAACACUUUGUAACCAUGUAUUUACUCUGCCAAGUGCCUAUAUUCCAAUAAAACAUUCAUCCCUGAA